AUGAUUAAGGCUGACACGGAAAAGUCGACGUCUUGUCAUGUAAUUAAAUUUUCAUUUCGUCAUUUGGCGAGCGUCAUGACAAAUUUCUUUUCUUUUACUUUUCGUAACGAACAUUUGUUCGGCUUGUCGUGGCAUAAACUUUUGAAAAGACGAAACUUUAAGCAUCUUUUACCUAUGAAGAUUGAUAUUCUAGUUUUGCCAGCCAUUUAUUAUCUUAUGAAUCUUCACAUCUGA